CCCAGGCGUCCGGCAGGCUGUCCUCUCUGGCGGACCCAGGCGUCCGAGCUCGCAGCUCCCCCUCCCCCUCCCCCGCCUCCUCCAGCCAAUGGCAGGCCCGGGGCCUACCCGUGCCGCCCAGCCCAGCUUCAGCGGGAGCCCCGCCGGCGUCCCCAAGCCGGGGAGCCGCACGGGCAGGCUGCGCCAGGCGGAGAGCAGGCCCCAGCGGGAAGAGAACAGAGUGCUGUGAACCCUGAAUUCUAGCGCUGUGCUCACCACCAUCUUCUAUGUUUCUGCAAGUGACCACCUUUAAAAGGGUGAGAGGCUGCUUCUUUCGGAUCAGAGGUCUCUUCAUGCCAGCUGUUUUGAGCAACUGAAGCCAAUUCCCGAAGACAAAAGCCUCCUUCUAGACAACGGUAGUCAUGCCCCCAAAUAAGGAUGCCCCAGGUUUCCUUGGCUCGCCUCCAAAUCUGAUCUGCUUGCCCCCCAUCUCUGAAGAUCUCCAGUUGGUGUGGACGCAAGCGGCACAGACUAGCGAUCUGGACGGCAACCAGCACCUGCUGCAGACGUUCAGCUACUUCCCGUACCCCAGCCUUUCUGACUUGGCCUUGCUCUGCCUGCGUCAUGGACUGCACAUGGAGAAGGUCAAGGCCUGGUUCAUGGCCCAACGGCUCCGCUGCGGCAUCAGCUGGAGUGCUGAGGAGAUCGAAGAGACUCGGGCUCGCCUCAUUUAUCAUCAGGACCAGCUUCAUUUCAGCUGCCUGCUUGCUGGGAGUGAUGGCGACUCUUCUCAUCAGGCUUACAAAAACCAGGAAUACCACCAGCCGGCCCCUGUCCCUCUCCAUCAUCCCAUUAAAUAUGAGGAGCACCAGCAAGAGUGUGCUGUAACUUCCUCAAGCCAUUGCAGCACAGCCCAGGGGACAAAGGGACUUGGGAGAAUCAGUCAGGAUAUCUGGGAACUCAGGGGGAAUGGCUUGUCCCAUCCUAGAAAAGCUCAGGAGAACUGCAGAUCUUCUUUUCAUCAUAAUACCAAAGAGACCUUUCCCACUGCUUACUUACCCGCCACAACCACCAGCCCGGAUUAUAAAUUCCACAACUCGCACACAACGGUUGGGGGCCUCGCCAAAGCCUCUCCACAGCCAUCUGAACCCACCCCGGCAGCUGUGAAUGGCAGACAUCACCCAGCGAAUCCUCCCGCGUGCUCCUCUGUCAAAGCCACCCCAUCAUCGUCUAUGGCUGCUUCUGAUGAAUCACCCAACCCCCCAAACCAUCAGUACCCUGCACGUGACCAGCAGCACGUUUCCGGCAGCUUCUCGGAUACUUUGCGCAAACCAAGGCGAAAGACAAAGGAGCAGCUGGACAUGUUAAAAUCUUUCUUCCUCCAUUGCCAGUGGGCCAGGAGAGAGGAUUAUCACCACCUGGAGCAGGUCACUGGGCUGCCGCGGGCAGAGAUCAUCCAGUGGUUUGGAGACACUCGCUAUGCCCUCAAACAUGGUCAACUGAAAUGGUUUCGGGACAAUGCAGGACAGAGUUCAGAGCCUUUCCAGUCGUUGCCUCUUCACCCGCUCCAAGCCGCUCAUCCAGACACAAGACCGUUGGAGCGGUACUGGGCGGCCCAUCAGCAGCUUCAGGAUAAUGACUUGUUUCUACUUUGUCAGGAAUCCGGCAUGGAGGCUGAGCAGGUGAUGAAGUGGUUCCACUCACGUUCGCCCGCACCCUGUGAAGUGGAGGUAUGUUUGGACGAUGAGGAUGAGGAAGACGAGGAGAUGGCGGCUGCUAUGUUAAAAGAGGAAGAUGAAGACUAUGAAGAAGAAGAAGAUGAUGUUGAUGAGGAAGAUGAUGAGGAUUGGACUAUGUAGGAUACAGUGUGGAAAUUAGAGACGGUGGGCUUCUAGGAUGCUUUGAGGGAGGGGAGAGAAUAAGUUGGCAAAGCUGUUUAGAGCUAGGUCCUACUCUGUCAAGUUCUUGCCACUGUCCCUGCUCCAAAAUACAAAAUUUGGGCCCUUUUCAGGCUCUAGAAUCUUGUCUUUUCCUUUUAAGCCUUCUAGACCUUAAGUAAAAGCAUUGUCCCGUCCCUUCCUCUCAGUGGUUAGAUCUCUUCAGAAAAGGUUGUUGGGGAAGGUUCCAACAAUUUUUCAGGAUCCGGAAUCCCUAUUAUGAACCCCUUCAGCAGUUUUCUGGAACCUGGAAAGACAACACUUGUUUAGGCUACACUCUGUUCAGUCCCCUUGCAGAUUCCACAUCUUUUUCUUCCUCUUGAAAAGAGAGAGGCAGGCUUUGUGGCCCAAGUCCUGUGGGGGGAAAGCAAAAUCUACCUGCGGAAAUGUUGGUGUGUUGGCAAACGGGAGGAGAGGGGAAGAGAUGAGGGUUAUACUCAGCAAUCCAUGUCAGGCGCAAGCCUCAGUGGUUUGCCUUCAACGUGGUUGGUACCUGCACCGCUUCAGGUUCCAGGCCUGCCACCUCCUUCCAUGCUGCUGGCUCCAGUUGUGCUGUCAGAGUCGCAUGGGCUUCCCUUUGGUUGCUUGGGCAGAGAACUGGCCCUGGGCAUGGAGCAAAAUGGUCCACCAUGCAGUUUUCCAAGCAUAGUUGCCUGUCCCUGCUCUAGAAUCCAGUUGUUCUGUUCUUCUGUCUUGAAUUGUAGAGAUGUUACUACCCCUCUUUAUAAUAAGAAGUAAAAAUCAAAUCUAGGUUUUUUUUCUCUUACCAUGGAUCUCUCUCCGUGUCUGCCUUGUCUUCCUUCUUCCAGCGAAUUCUUUAAUUCCUCCUUCAAGAAGCUAGGUACUCUUUUCAGUGCUACAGCUGUAUGGUCUUAGAUUCAGGCACCUUCUUUCCAGAUAACCUGUACCAUUUUAUAUCUGUUUUUCAUUCUAGAGCAAUGUCAACUUCGAAUUCCAGAAAAAUGAGAACAGGCAAAA